AAACUUAGCCUGGGAUUUGUUUCUGCAUGAAGUUUGUAAGUUCCCCUUGUACAUGAAUGGGUUGUGUCACAGAGGGACACAUAUUUGCACACACACACACACAUAUACACAAAACUAAGGACAAGCCCCAAACUGUGGAAGGAAGCGCAGUACCAGAAGAGAAACCACGCAAGCAUCUAUCAAACAUUUUACGCGCUAAACACCUCCCUUCUCCACCUCCCCAUGACUUCAACCGGGCCAACCGCCGGCUGGCUGUAAAGGGGCGCACCUUAUUAAGUUUUCUACACGCUCUCAGAUGUCAGACUUUCUCAAUCUGUCACUUUACUAGGUGGAGUUCCUUUAAUGGACAAAGGGAAAACGAGGCACCGCAUCCGUUACUUUUCAAAAACAUAUAUUUUAAUUGACUUUCUAAUGAGUCUCUAACUUAAAGGCUCGUUGUUGAACGGUCCUACCUGUUCGCCCUUCGUGGUUUUAUUUGACAGCGGUGGAGCGGGGAGCAACACCCAUGCAGCCGAGUCAGAAGUUACAAUGCUAACAACUGUUAGCUGCUGCUUCUGCUACCUCACAAAGCGAUGGUCCAUCAUUCUGACCUGAAACCUCCGGGAAAAACAGCGGCGGUGUGAUCGCAACCGUUUGUGUUUUCACAGCUACAGAGUUUACGUAGCUUUCCUUUUUCUCCCCUUUCUCUUCCCCUCUUCUCCUCCGUCGUUUGGAGACGAAGCUGUCACAGAAAUGGGACUGGCCCCGCUGGAAUUCAGUGAGUGCUAUCUGGACAGCCCCAGCUUCAGGGAGAAAAUCAAAGCACAAGAAAUUGAGCUGGACAAAACCAACAGGUUCAUCAAAGAGCUCUACAAAGAUGGGAAGAACCUCAUCAAUGCGACUAAACAGCUCGGGAUGGCUCAGCGAAAGUUUGCCCAGUGCCUGGGGGAGUUUCAGUUUGAGUUCAUCGGCGAUGCAAAAACUGACGAUGAGAAAUGCAUUGACGAGUCUUUGCAAGAGUUUUCCAUGUUCUUGAAAAAUCUGGAGGACCAAAGAGAGCUGAUGAUGCGAAACAUCACAGAAACUUUAAUGAAACCCCUCGAGAAGUUCAGGAAGGAGCAGCUCGGUAACGCGAGGGCGGAAAGAAAAAGGUAUGAAAAAGAAACAGAAAAGUACUACAGCUCCCUGGAGAAGCUUUUAAAUUUGUCGGCAAAGAAGAAGGAGCCUCAGCUGCAAGAGGCAGACAGCCAGGUGGAAAUCAUGAGGCAGCACUUUCAGGAGGAAUCACUUGAAUAUGUGUGUAAGCUGCAGGAGAUCCAGGAGAGGAAGAAGUUUGAAUGUGUGGAACCUAUGCUGGCAUUCUUUCAGACUGUAUUCACCUUUUAUCACCAAGGAUAUGAACUUGCCAAGGACUUUGACCAUUAUAAGACAGAUCUGCAGAUCAAUAUUCAGAAUACAAGGAGUCGAUUCGAGGGCACACGGUCAGAGGUGCACGAGCUGAUGAAGCGGAUCAAAGACACACCACAAGAAUACAGACAGACCAGCCCCAUCAGUUUUGAAGGAUACCUUUAUGUGCAGGAAAAACGACCACCCCCCUUUGGUUCAAGCUGGGUCAAACGCUACUGCACUUUUGUCAAAGAGCAGAAGAUUCUGCACAUGGUGACUUUUGACCACAGAUCAGGUGGAAAGAUUGGUGAGACAGAGUCCGUCACACUCAAAUCCUGCGUUCGCAAAACAACAGACAUGUUGGACAGGAGAUUCUGCCUUGAGCUGGACAUAACAGACAGGCCUGGGACGGUGCUCACUGUGCAGGCGCUGUCAGAGGAUGACCACAAGCUUUGGAUGCACGCCAUGGGAGGGAAGGAACCUAUUGGUUGCUAUCUUGGAAGAGCUCUCUCUAAGGAAAGAGGAAUCGAUGCCCAGUUGGAUGACGUGGGUUUAGGUUUUUUGAAGAACUCCAUCACUGCAAUAGAAACGAGAGGUAUUAAUGACCAAGGUCUGUACAGAGUUGGGGGUGUAAGCUCCAAGGUCCAGAAACUACUCUCAUUAAUGAUUGAUGAGAAGAGUAACGAAAUGGACCUAUCAGCCAGUGAAGACUGGGAUGUCAAGACGAUAACAAGUGCACUAAAGCUCUAUCUGAGGAGCCUACCCGAGCCAUUGAUGACCUAUGAACUUUAUAAGGAGUUCAUCAACCCAGCAAAGGGCGGCAGUCCCGAGUCUCGCAUCCAAGCCAUCCACCACUUGGUCCACAAACUACCGGAGAGGAACCGACAAGUCCUCGGGCUUCUCAUGAAGCAUCUGGCCAACGUUGCAGCUCACAGCAAACAGAAUCUGAUGACCGUCGCCAACCUGGGCGUGGUGUUUGGUCCCACGCUAAUGAGGCCGCAGGAGGAGACCGUCGCUGCCAUCAUGGAUCUCAAGUUCCAAAACAUUGUUGUGGAAAUCCUCAUUGAACACCAUGAAAAGAUCUUCACAGAUUCUCCAGAAUUAAGCCCUCUAUCACCUACUGGCCCAGUGUUAUCUGCUCCCACAAGGCAGUCCAAGAAAGUGAGUCGACAGAAUCGGCCCUUAGCCGUCUACAAUCCACAAGUCCUUGACAUUCAGAAUGCGGGAGACGGUUCCGUCUUGACAGCAGAUGAAACCUCGAUGGGCAGCAACGAGUCCGUGUCGUCCCAGUCGUCGUCGGCCUCCACCUCAGAGCUGGAGAAGGCAGACCACCCAACGCUCACCGCCAGCCUCAGCUCAGGCAGCAACUCUCGAUCUCUGCAAGCAUCCUUUUCUGCAUCUGGAGCUUCUGGGGACAGUCUAACUGCUGCAACAACAGCUGGUACUGACAAAGAAAAGCAGGAGCAGAGUGUCACCAACAGGAAAGCCAAGGCAGUGUACCCAUGUGAGGCCGAGCACGAGACGGAGCUCUCCUUCCAGGUCGGAGCAAUAUUCAGCCAUGUGGUCCCGUCGAGAGAGCCUGGCUGGCUGGAGGGGGAGCUGGAAGGAAAGAAGGGCCUCAUCCCUGAAAACUACGUGGAGAUGCUGUAAAAAAAGAUGACGGAGAUAUUUAUAUAGCGUUUUAUCACACCAAGGAUUCACAGCAGAGCUUCUCUCCAAGUAAUAAUAUCAGACAUUUUUACAGGUAAAUCAUCCCAGACUCCACUAUACAAACUUUGACGGCCAAGUAGACAUGACGACGCAUUUUAGAGCUUGUUUUAGUUAAUUAAAUAGUCAGGUGUACAUUGAGACGUUGCAUUUGUGCAGUAGGGUUUGCUUUACAGUGUUCUGCUGUAUAUUACAUGCUGUAAUCGUAGUAUCCAAGGAAUUUAGCAGCAGCACCAGAGAAAAGGUGUCUGCCUGAGCUCACUCUCCUCUGCCCUGUUAUACAUGGUAUCCAUGAGCUCAAAGUCAAAGGGAGAUCCUCGGAAAGUCCAGCACUCAACCCGCUUUAGCCUUUUACCCCUUCCAACAUAAAUUGUAGACCUUUAUUUUUUACUAGAUUAGAAAUACCUGCGUGCCUUAAUCACAGAAACACAGAGUGGUGUACGUCUGUUUACGGGUAUGUCUGAAACCAGUUGGAGUGGGGCUGCUCUCACCUAUAAAAUGUUUUAUUUGCACCCUUUGUUAUUAAAAUGAGACACGUUGCCGCUAUAAUUUAAUUAAAUUGGCACAUUUAUUGCAUGAGAUUUGUAUUUCGAACACACUUUGUUCUCUGUUUGUUGUUGAUGCACUUAGUAAACCAGUGAAUUUGCCUGAUGAUCUUUCAUGUUGAACACUAGCAAUUAUCAGGGUCAUCAGAGACUGAAAGCCAAGUAUCUUUUUUUUUUUCUCAACGUUGCUCCAGUUCUGAGCAGAAAAAAAAUUAUACACUCCAACAAAGCUGAAUUUUAAAGUACCUCAGAAUAUUUUACGUUUUAAACUUGCUGUGUUCGUGUUGGAGAUAUAAAAAAGGUUACAACAAAGUACAUUUCAAUCUGUUGUGUGAUAGACUGGUUUUAUCUUUUGCUUAGACUGGUUUCAGUCUGCAUAUAUGUAACAUUGCAUUUUAUCUCCCCAGUUCUUGUGCUAAACACUGUAAUUUCUCUGUGAGCUUUGGUUUGGCAUUCUGCUUUCAGCUGUGGUUGCAGUAAUUUAAGAUGAUUGUUGGAAUUAUUGAAGGCCUUUCACUUUUUUCUACUUUGCUGCAUCUUGUUGAUCAAUGUUAAAAAAAAUAAAGUUUUUUUUUUCCUUUUUGUUCAGUG